AUGGGGGGUAACGGAGCUCCGAAAACAAUUUCACUUAACUGUCCAACCGAUGUCAUGCUCGACGCAAAUGGUAAUUUAUUUAUCUUGGAUGCUUGUGAUAAUCGGAUAGUCGGAUCGGGACCAAACGGUUUUCAAUGCAUAAUUGGCUGCUCCAACUCAGGUGGUUCAGCCGCUAACCAAAUACUUAAAAGUCAGAGUAUGGCGUUCGACAGCUAUGGCAAUAUUUAUGUCGCCGACUAUGGCAAUGCUCGUAUUCAAUUAUUUACUUUGAGCAACAUUUUAUGGGAUGACACAACAACUGACACAACAACUGACACAUCGCAAACAGUUUCGCAACAAUCAACAACAGAAACUCAAAAAGGUAUUUUCACGAUUAUUUCAUC